CAGAUUUUUUAUCUUAAACCAAAAUUAAAACUACAGUUCGUCUUUAUUUUUUCCGUAUUGCCAUUUACAGUAUUUAAUCGUGCAGUGGCGUAUUUACGGGGGGGGAUAUGGGGGAUAGAUCCCCCCCCUUGACCUUUUUUUUUUCCUAGGUAGCUAAGUUGUCUCAUUUUCUCUAAUAUUCUUAAUAUGAUAUAACAACGGUAUGAUGCAGUGAACGAUUUCUCUGAGCUCUAUCCAUUCGUUCUUAAAGCAUUAGACACAAUAUGUGAUUGGAAAGAUCCAGCAGACGCCUCUAUGCUUAAACAUUCUAUGGAAGAUACCGAAUUCUUAAUUUCGUUUUAUAUAGUUAAGUUCCUAUUUUCUUUUUGUCUUCCUCUAUGUAAGCAGUUACAAAAAGUACAAAUAGAUUUAAAAAAAACUAUAGCUAUAGUUGAGAAUGUAGUAAUCACUCUGAAGGCCAUUAGAGACAAUUACAAAACCGAAUUUAGUCAAAUCUAAAUAAAUGUUAAAAUGGCUGCAGACAAUGUUGGUAUUGAAUUAAAAAAAAAGAGAGUCAUUUCAAAACAAACUUUGAGAGAUAAUCCAAAUCUUCUGGAUUGUUCCAUUGAACAUUAUUAUUGUGUUACAGUAUUUUUACCGUAUGUCGAUUACUAUUUAAUGCAAUUGACUGAGCGAUUUAUUAAUCAUAAAGCUAUAUUUGAAGGUUUUAAUUGCAUUUUCCAAUCAGAAUCACUUAUGGUAGAAAUGGAAGAUAUUGUUGCUUUUCAAAAGCUUGUUGAGUUUUAUUCAUCAACAAUUGACCAACACUCUAGCAUUGCUGAAUUAAAGAUGUGGAGAGUUAAGUUGGUGAAUGAAAAAAUUGUAUUCACCUCUGGGUUACAUGCGUUGGAUGUUUGUGAUAAAGAGUUUUAUCCAAAUAUUCAUGAACUCUUGAAAAUUUUUUGUACAUUGCCUGUAUCGACUGCUACACCUGAACGAUGUUUUUCAAGUUUGAAGAGGAUUAAGUCUUACCUAAGAAAUAGUAUGACAGAAAACCGACUUAAUGGGUUGGCUUUAUUGGCAUGUCACCGGUCGAUACAAAUCAUGCCUGAUGAGGUUAUCGAUGAACUGAGCAUCCAAAAAAACAGAAAAUUGGAUUUUGUAUUGUAACUAUAUAUUAUAUAUAUAUAUAUAUAUUUUAUUAUUAUUAUUAUUAUUAUUUUUUUUUUUUUAUCGUAUUAAACACGGGAUUGGUGCUAGUAUGAACUUAUAAUAAAUGCUAUUAGGUACUUAUA